UCCCUUUCUGUGCAAAACUCCUUCUAUAUAAUCUCCACCAACCCAAUCACUCUCUCUCUCUCUCUCUCUCCCAAACACUCUUUGAGAAACCAAACACACACACUCUCUCUCUCCCAUGGCGUUGAACAACGGCGUCCCCGCCACCGGCACCGGCCUGAUCGCGAGCUUCGGCGAGAUGCUGAUCGACUUCGUCCCCACCGUCUCCGGCGUGUCGCUGGCGGAGGCGCCGGGGUUCCUGAAGGCCCCAGGCGGCGCCCCGGCCAACGUGGCGAUCGCGGUGGCGCGGCUGGGCGGCAAGGCGGCCUUCGUGGGGAAGCUGGGCGACGACGAGUUCGGGCACAUGCUGGCCGGAAUCCUGAAGGAGAACGGCGUGAGAGGCGACGGCAUCACCUUCGACGAGGGGGCGCGCACCGCCCUGGCCUUCGUGACCCUGCGCGCCGACGGAGAGCGGGAGUUCAUGUUCUACCGGAACCCUAGCGCCGACAUGCUCCUCCGCCCCGAAGAGCUCAACCUCGAACUCAUCAGAUCUGCAAAAGUUUUCCAUUACGGAUCAAUAAGCUUGAUCGUGGAGCCAUGCAGAUCGGCACACCUUAAGGCCAUGGAAGUUGCGAAAGAAGCUGGGUGCCUGCUUUCGUAUGAUCCAAACCUUCGGCUACCAUUGUGGCCUUCAGCCGAGGAAGCUCGUAAGCAAAUACUGAGCAUAUGGGAGAAGGCUGACCUGAUAAAGGUCAGUGAUGUGGAGCUUGAGUUCCUCACUGGAAGUGACAAGAUUGAUGAUGAUUCUGCUUUGUCAUUGUGGCACCCCAACUUGAAGUUACUCCUUGUCACUCUAGGGGAACACGGUUCCAGAUACUACACCAAGAAUUUCCAUGGAUCGGUAGAUGCCUUCCACGUUAAUACAGUUGAUACAACUGGUGCCGGUGAUUCCUUUGUUGGCGCUCUAUUGUCCAAGAUUGUCGAUGAUCAGGCCAUACUUGAGGAUGAACCAAGGUUAAGAGAAGUACUUAAGUUUGCAAAUGCAUGUGGAGCAAUCACAACCACUAAAAAGGGAGCAAUUCCCGCCCUUCCCAAAGAGGAGGACGCGCUGAAACUGAUCAAAGGGGCAUAGAAUCUUUUGACAAAAGUAUUAGCAUGAUUUCGUUUUCUGGAUUUUCUUGCUAUCAUUUUACGAGGGAACGCUUCUUGAUUUUCUUUGUAUUUUUGUUUUUCCUCUUAUGCACUAACGGCACGAUCACGUUUGCUGGAUUUGCCAAAUAACGUUUUCCUUCAAAUUUUGAAUGAAAAUUUGAUUCAUAAGCUCGGUC